AACCCCAUACUAACCCUGGUUGCUUUUCAUAAUAAAUCUAAGGAUUUCGAUAAUCGUCGUUUAGAAGUGUUUGCAUAAGACGUUUUUCAAUUCUAUUUCUCAAAAAAUAUUACAUUAAGAAUAAAAAUAAAAUAAUGAAGUGUCCUUCAAUGUUUUUCACUAUUGAAUAAAAUUUUAUUGAGUUCUCUUGAAAAAUUUAUUAAGUUCUCUUAUGUUGUUUAUGUUAGGAUAAAAAUACAUAAUUUUUUCAAUAAUGAAUGAAGAAACAAAUGAACGAUAUCCAACUGAAGAUGGUAGUUUUAAUUACACAGUAAUUAAAGAAUUGGAUUAUUAUACUUCAAUUGAUGAAGCCACAAGUAAUUGGCUUAAGCAAUUACACAGUAUUUGGAAUCAUUGGAAAAAAAGUAAAGCAGUUACUGACAUACUCAAUAAAUACUUUGAUACUGCUCCCAAUCCGUAUCUAAGUACUCUCAGAAUUUUAUUAAAUGCUGCAGACUUUAAUAAUAUAAAACCUAAAUCUUCCAUAUCAAUGACAAUUGUUGAAGAUUUUCAAAAAUGGCUCUCAGUUAAUAAAAAUGAACACAAAGAUUGUCUUGUUCCUGAGCUAAAAAUUGGGGCAUUCAAAGGUGUUAGCAAACAACGUAAUAUGCAACUUGUUAAAUUAGUAUCAGAUGCAUAUGAAUUUCCAAUUGAUAAAGAAAUAUUUUUGCCUCUUAUACAGAUUAUGCUGAAUGAAAAAAAGUACAAAGAAGUAGCUCAGUAUGCAACAAUGUUAAAUUUACAGCAACACUUUGGAGAUCCUGAAUCAAUAUUAUUACCUCUGAUUCUUCAAAAUAAAAAUACAAUAGUAGAAGAUUUUCUCAAAAAUUGUCCAGAAAUCCAAAAAAAAAUGGUUAUAUAUCUAGACAAUAUACUUAUACCAAAAGAAAAAAUGCAAGAUACAUUGAAUGAUUUUAUUGAAUCUAAUAAUAUUACAGACAUUAAAAUGUGUACAUUGCAAUCACGUGCAAUGACUAAAUUGGUUACACGUCUGGUUAAAAUAUUUAAUUUAUCACCAGAUAUCUGUCCUAAUUUGCAUCGUAAACGUGAAGAAGGUACUCUACAAUUUUUUAUUUACAAGCGUUUUGUAGAAGGAAGUAUAAGCUCUGAAUGCUGGCGAGAAAUGGUACGUGAAACGUCUAUUAUAGACGAUAAUCUUCAAGUUGAUUUAGUAACAAUGAUUGCACAAUAUGAUCCCGAAGAAGCUUUAUAUUGGAUACAAAUAUUUAAUAUUUCUAAAGACAAAUGGCCUUGGUCAGUAUCCAAUUUGAACAGUAAGUUAACGGAAUUCAAUACAUCUUGGGAUACUAAGGAAAAUAAUUGGGAAGAUUUACAUCAGAGUGUAAUUAAUUAUCAUUCUUUGCGUAUACCAAGAGAUUCUAUACAGCUUAUAGAUCAUCCAGAUGACUUUGAAAAGUUUAUAACCCAACAAUUACCUGAAUUCAGAGUUGUUGGAAUUGAUUCUGAGUGGAAACCGAGCUUCGAAGUCUUGAAAAAAAAUCAAUUGGCUCUAAUACAAAUAGCUACAGAAAAAAAUAUAUUUAUUUUAGAUGUUAUAAAAAUCGGACCUGAAAAAACAAAAUUGUGGGAACAAUUUGGUGGUCAAUUAUUCGGCAAUAAUAAUAUUUUAAAACUAGGAUUUGGAAUAGCCCAUGAUAUUUUAAUGUUCAAAGAAUGUUUACCCGCGAUGUUUGAUACUAGAGAAGGCAUUUCAAAUUAUUUAGAUGUUCAUAAUUUAUGGCUCAAACUUGUAAAAGAAUAUAAUUUUACAUUUCCUUAUCAAGGAGAUGAAAAUUUUACUGGUGAAAGUCUUAGCAAAUUGGUAGAAAUUUGUCUAGGAAGCAGAUUGAAUAAAGCUGAUCAGUUUUCAAAUUGGGGAAGAAGGCCAUUGCGUGAGGAUCAAAUCACGUAUGCUGCUUUAGACGCCUACUGUUUAAUUGAAGUUUAUAACAUAUUUAUUGAUCUUUGUAAUCAACGUAAUAUUCCUCUGCUAGAAAUUUGUUAUGAACUUCAAUAUCGAUCUUGCAUGUCACCAAAGAAAAAUACGAAAAAAAGUGAAAAAAAAUUGAAAAAUAAUCAUCUUAGUUCUGCUGCUGCUGCUGCUGCUGAUGCUCCUGCUGUUACUGCACCAACAAUUAAAUUUAAAAAAUUUCCUGUGCAUAAAUGGAGAGUUGUUUGUGAUUCAGUGUUAAGUAAUUUAGUGAGACCUUUAAGAAUGUGUGGCUGUGAUUGUAUUUAUUUAGGGCAUGAUCGAGGUGGCAAUAAAUCAAUUAAAUUGGCUCGUCAAGACAAUAGAGUACUUCUUACACAUAAUCCUAAUUCAGAAAAGCUUGAAAAGUUGGCUGAUUUUCCACCAGAAAAAUAUUACAUAGUCAAAAGUGAUAAUUCUGAUGAGCAAUUAAAAGAAGUCUUUCAACAUUUUAAUAUUUUCGUUACUGAAAAUGAUAUUUUUAGUCGCUGCCAAAUUUGCAACUGCGAUGAAUUUGUUCAAAUUUCUAAUAAUACAAUGUGGGAACUUAAUAAAACGUUUUUUGGACGUGAAUAUGACCAUCCUUCAGUAACAACGUUAGUAAAAAAUAGUCAAGACAAUAUUGAGUAUACUGGCAUUAAGUAUGGAAGUAAUACUCGUACAUGGUUGUUAUCAAUAGAAACUUUAAAUUUAUCAAAUUGUAAAACAAAGUAUGAUACGCCUGUUCAAAUAGACCAAGUUCCUAUAUCUGUUUGUAAAACGAUUCCACAGUUUUUUGUAUGCGAAAGAUGUGGUAAAGUAUAUUGGGAUGGUUCUCAUUUUGAGCGUACUUUAAAUGGUACUUUAAAGGAUUUAAUUGUCCCAUACGUGAAUAACUAAUCAGGUGUUUGAAAACGUGAUUGAAGAGAUGCAAGCACGUUUGCUUACGUGGAAAAUAAAAGUAAGCAAAAAUUACCAUGUAGAAAGUAACCCAAAACAAACCCAGUAAUUGAAUCCGAUAUUUUUGACAAAAGUAAUAGCUAUCGGAUCCAUUAACAGUCUCGCGUUACUUUCCACAUAAUAAUUGUAUUCACAAAAUAUAUUAUUUAUUAAAAUAAAGGUAGAGAAAAAUAUUUCGUGCGUACCAUAACUUGAUGUCUUUUCUAUAUUAGGAAAUUUAAUUUAUCCAAUUAUUGACUGUUAAAAAUAUAUUAGUAAUAUCGGAUUAAUUGAUUAUACUUUUUUAUUUUACUCUUGCUAUAAAUAGAUAGUAAACGCUAUCAAUGUGGUUAUUUAAAAUCAACCACAUCUAUGUAUCUUAUAGGGCCUUAGUUUAGUUAAUAUAUAUUAUGUAUUAUAUUGAUAUAUUUUGUUACUUGAAACAUAUAUGUUUUUAUAUUAUAUUAGCUGUGCACACAGGUACAGCUAGUCUAAUGUUAAAAAAAGCUCAUUUCAAAUCUCUGUCACGUCUUUUUUGUUGCGAGAUUAAUGAUAUUAUAUUUGAAUGUUUCAAAUGAUUAUUCAGCAUACUCAGAUAAAGUUUGAAGUGCAAUGGUAAUAAUUGAUAUCCAGUAUUCAACAUCGAAUAAGCUUAUUAUAAAAGUUGUUAGCAGCCUCACACUAUUUCUCUGAAUACUUAAAGAUUUAUUAAUUUUACUUAAUAUUCGAAAUCUUACUAUAAUUAUUCACAAGAAUAAUUAAACCAACAGAAUUUUUUUUUUUUUUUUUAUUACGUAGACUUAACUUAAUAUUCAAAUAAGUAUACUCUUAGAGAAUGAAUAAAGUUUCUUACUUAGUCAAACUUUAUAAAAAAAAUGAUAUAAUGUCAUUGUACUUUAUCUAGUUCAAUUAUUGUCAUGCGGAAAUAAUAGUAAGUGAUAUGUCAUGCAUAAAAUUCAAAUCACCGGUUUUAUUUAAUUUAACUAAUGUAA